UAUUUUUUUGUCACUUUUUCCAACAUUUUUGACGCUUUGUAAACAUUUGUCACUGUUGGGACGGUUUUGCCGAUUUUUUUUGGGUUGCUACAGCAACAAGCUGAAGCUUGGAGCAGCAGAAGAAGAACAUGCAGACGUCUGAGCGGAGGAGAAACAUCUGAAGACGGGAAGAAACAGGAAGCAGCAGGACUCUGACAUGUCUCCGUCCGUCCUGCUGAGCGGCGGCGUCUUCGUCGUCCUUGUUGUCCUGAUCCUUCCGCCCAGCAGAGGUCAAGGAAGUGAGUGCAGCUGUGACGUCACCAACAGCCGCUGUGACGAGUCGGGAGUCUGCAGAUGUGACCCAGGUUGGGAUGGCGAGCUCUGUGACCGCUGCGUGCUGAUGCCCGGCUGUGUCCACGGCUCGUGUCGGCAGCCGUGGCAGUGUCGCUGUGAGACGGGCUGGGCCGGACGCUUCUGUGACAGAGACCUGUCAGUGUGCUCGCGGCGCCCGUGUCAGAACGGAGCGACCUGCGUGAUGGAGGAUGGCGGCGAGUACGCCUGUUUAUGUCCCCAUGGUUUCCAUGGCAACAACUGUCAGCUGAAGGCCGGACCCUGUCUCCAGGAAAGGUCUCCGUGUAAGAACGGCGGUCUGUGUGAGGACGCUGACGGCUUUGCGGCUGCGUUGACGUGCCGCUGCCUGGCGGGCUUCACGGGCGCACGCUGUGAGACCGACGUGGACGACUGCCUGAUGAAACCGUGCGCUAACGGCGCCACCUGUCUGGACGCCAUCAACCGCUUCUUGUGCGUGUGCCCCGCCGGCUUCACUGGGCGCUUCUGCACCGUCAACGUGGACGACUGCGCCAGCCGGCCGUGUCUGCACGCCGGCCGCUGCCUGGACCGUGCAGGGGGCUUCCACUGCAUCUGCCGGCCCGGCUACGCUGGUACCACCUGCGAGAUGCCGCUCAGGGGCUGGACGCCACUGGGCUGGGACGGAGGCGGGGGAAGUCAAAUGACCACCAGCGGGAAGAGCCAGAGCAGCAGCGGGAACAAUGACGGGAACAGCAGCAGCAAUGGCGGGAACAGCAGUGGCAAGAACAGCAGUGGCGAGAACAGCGGCCGGCCCAGCGACAGGCUGUUGAGGGUGACAGUGAGCGAGCGCGGCGCUGGCAGCGGAGGCGGCCUGUCGCGGCUGCAGCUCACCGUCCUGCUGGUUUUGGCGGGCGUCACGCUGGGCGUUGUGGCGCUGACCGCUGGCAUCGUGCUGCAGCGCUACUGCAGGGACCGUUGUGGCCACGCCCCCUGCUGCUGGACACUGACGUCAUCGUCGUCACGGUGGCAGCGGGGCGAGCCAGAGUGUCAGAUCAGCUUCCUGAACGUGGCGGAACCGGAGAAAAAGAAACUGAACACUGAGGUCGUUUAGAACAGGAAGUGGUCUGCUUCUCCCAGAGUGCAACUGGGGUUAAUAUGCAAAUGAGAUGUGACAUCAUGAACAUUUAUUUUUUAUGAUCUCGCUCCUGUAACUCUCAGAGCGUGAUGCUGAAAGCAACGUUUCUCCUGCAGUAUGGCGCUGAUUCGACCAGACUCCAUCCAGAAAACAAGCGUUUUAAAAGUUGUUUGCCUGUCUCCUUGUAAACAUAACUGACAACAUUUAAUUUCAGACUUUUUACAAAUCGUCAUGAUGGUGUUGUUAUUUCGGCAUACUUUUUAUCAGUUUAAUGAAAUUAAAUCACACGGUAAAGAGCCGACUAGUCUGCUGUCUCUGUCAAGCAGACUGACGGAAAGAGGCCAUAUCUCCCACUGAGGACACUGAGGCAAACAAAAGGGAUUUAACUGCCUAAAAUAAACUUGUACAACGCCAAGAUAUGACUUCCUCACCUGGGGUUAAUAUGCAAAUGAACUGUGACAUCAUGAACAUGUAUAUUUAUAUUUAUUAUAAUUAUAUUUGACCAGACUCCAUCCAGAAAACAAGCGUUUUAAAAGUUGUUUGCCUGUCUCCUUGUAAAUAUACCUGAUGAAGUUUGAAUUCAGACUUUCUUACAGUGCUUCAUCAUGAUGUUGAUAUUUCGGCUUAAUUUUUGUCCAUUUGUUGAAAAUAAAUCCCGGCAGAAUCUGUUUAAUUUAGGUUCAUCCCACUGUAGCCAUCCAUCAGAGCCCUGAACUCCAUUCAGAAAACAAGAGUUUUAAAGGUUUUUUUGCUCGUCGUCUUGCAGACAGACGUGAUAAAGUUUGAAUUCAGACUUUUCACAAAUUGUCAUAAUGAUGUUGUUUAUUCGGCUUACAUUUGAUCCCUUUAUUGAAAUUAAAAAAAUAGCAAAACUGUACUUGAAGUAAUGGCGGUCAUCCUAACGCGUGCCGUCUGCGUUAAUAUGCAAAUGAACUGUGACAUCAUGAACAUGUAUAUUUAUAUUUUUGAUCUCGCUCCUGUUACUCAAUCAACACCAGAAAUUAUCUUUUUUUUAAUUUCAUACAUUCUUCUGCCUACAUUACCCACAAUGCAGCUCUCCCUCUGACUGGUUGGUGUAAAGUAAGUUGUUGAGUUGAUGGAGCAGCUAUGUUAUCAUAGCCCUGACAGAACCAAACUCCAUCCAGAAAACGAGCAUUUUAAGAGUAGUUUGGUUGAGUUCUUGCAGAUUUGAAUCAUAAACACACAAUGAGAUGUACACAACAUUUAGUUUUUGUUCAUUUAAAUGAAUUGUAUUAACUUUAUUGAC